AACACUUGUGAGAAAGAAUAUUUGUUGAUUAUUGCGAAUAUGUCAAUUGUAUCCUACAUAUUUCUUUAUGCACCGAUAAAGAUACAUGCACACGUCCAGGAAUGGUCCUUUAAUCGGAAAAUAAGCAAUAUAUCGGCGGAAAUCGGUGGUACCGGUAUUUUAAGAAAUAAGACGCUCAGGUUGCGAGGACGAUCCACGUUAAAUGGGAUUGGUCGUGUGGAAAUAUUACAUCGGGGAAGAUGGGGAACAAUUUGUCAUGAUGAUUGGGACAUAAAUGAUGCCCGCGUUGCAUGUCGUCAACUUGGUUAUCGGAAUGCUCUUAGAGCUCUUCAAGGACGAAAUGUUCCUUCUGGUUCAGGACAGAUUUGGUUGGACGAAGUUGGUUGCACUGGGAGUGAGAAAAAUCUAAAAAGUUGUCCUCACAACGAUGAUGAAGGAUGGGGAAGUCAUGACUGCGAUCAUUCGGAAGUUGCUGGUGUGGAAUGUACUGCUGAAGAUGUCGAUUAUUGCUCCAUGGGAUUGCACAACUGUGGACGGAGUUCUCAAUGUAUCGACACCGACAAUGGUUUUACAUGCAGAUGUAAUCAAGGUUUCACCGGGAACGGAAUUAUUUGUUCUGACAUCGAUGAAUGUUCAACAUUAAACAACUGUCAUCCUGAAGCUUUUUGCACGAACAGUCCUGGUUCUUAUCGAUGCACGUGUAAUGGUGGAUUUACUGGUAAUGGAACCUUAUGUCAAGAUGAAGAUGAAUGUGCUGAUUCAACACACCGCUGUCCUUCGGAGACAAAUUGCACCAACACUAAUGGAUCCUAUCAAUGCUGUAGAAAAGAAAAUUCUGAAAAUGGUUCUAUUUGCAGAGAUAUGACUCUCAGGUUAGAAGGACCAUUAAGGUUAAAUGGCACUGGUCGUGUGGAAAUAUUAUAUUCAGGAAAAUGGGGAACAAUUUGUCAUGAUGCAUGGGACAUAAAUGAUGCUCGGGUUGCAUGUCGUCAACUUGGUUAUCGGAAUGCUCUUAGAGCUCUUCGAGGAUGGCAAGUUCCUUCUGGUUCAGGACAGAUUUGGUUGGACGAAGUUGGUUGUACUGGAAAUGAACAAAAUCUAGAAAGUUGUCCUCACCGCCCUUGGGCAUUUCAUGACUGCGGACAUUAUGAAGAUGCUGGAGUGGAAUGUACUUCAAAAGAUGUCAAUUAUUGCUCAUUGGGAUUGGACAAUUGUGCCCAUCAUUCACAAUGUAUUAGCAUUAACAACGGUUUUACAUGCAGAUGUAAUCAUGGUUUCACUGGGAACGGCUUUUCAUGCUAUGACAUCGAUGAAUGUUCAACAAUAAACAACUGUCAUUCCGAAGCAUUUUGCACGAACAGUCCUGGGUCUUAUCGAUGCACAUGUAAUGAUGGAUUUACUGGAAAUGGAACCUUAUGUCAAGAUGAAGAUGAAUGUUCUGACUCAACACACCGCUGUCCUUCAGAGACAAAUUGCACCAAUACUAACGGAUCCUAUCAAUGCUGUGAAAGUUCAGGAAAUUGCAAAGAUAUGACUCUCAGGUUACAAGGACCAUCCAGGUUAAAUGGUACUGGUCGUGUGGAAAUAUUACAUUCGGGAAAAUGGGGAACAAUUUGUGAUGAUAAUUGGGACAUAGAUGAUGCUCGCGUUGCAUGUCGUCAACUUGGUUAUCGGAAUGCUCUUAGAGCUCUUCGAGGGUGGGAAGUUCCUUCUGGUUCAGGACAGAUUUGGUUGGACGAAGUUCGGUGUACUGGGACUGAACAAAAUCUAGAAAGUUGUCCUCACCACAUAUUCGGAUGGGGAAGACAUGACUGCGGACAUUAUCAAGAUGCUGGAGUGGAAUGUACUUCACAAGAUGUCGACUAUUGCUCUAUGGGAUUACCGAAAUGUAGGCGUUAUUCUCAUUGUGUUAACACUGAAAAUGGCUAUACAUGCAGAUGUAAUAAAGGUUUUAUCGGGAACGGGGUCUUCUGCUCUGACAAAAAUGAAUGUUUAACAGAACACAACUGCCAUUCGGAUGCCUAUUGCACGAACACUUUUGGGUCUUAUCGAUGCACAUGUAAUGCUGGAUUUACUGGGAAUGGGACUUUCUGUCAAGAUAUAGAUGAAUGUUCUGAUUCAACACACCGCUGUCCUUCAGGGACAAGUUGCAACAAUAUUAAAGGAUCAUAUCAAUGCUGUAGAACACAAACUUCUGGAAAUGGUUCUGUUUGCGGAGAUGCGACUCUCAGGUUACAAGGACCAUCAUGGUUAAAUGGCACUGAUCGUGUGGAUAUAUUUCGUUGGGGAAUGUGGGAAAUAUAUUGCGAUGAUAAUUGGGACAUAAAUGAUGCCCGCAUUGCGUGUCGUCAACUUGGUUAUCGGAAUGUUCUCAGGACUCUUCGAGGACGAGAAAUUCCUUCUGGUAUAGGAAAGAUUAUGUUCGACAUUGAUGCUUGUAUUGGAUAUCAUCAAAGUCAAUAUCCAGAAUUUUGUCGUCUCUUCUCGAGGAGAUGGGGCGGACAUGACUGUAGUCACUUGGAAGAUGUUGGAAUGGCAUGCACUUCAGAAGAUGUCGAUUAUUGCUCCUUGAAAUUGGACAACUGUGGGAAAAAUUUUCAAUGUAUUACAACAAAAAAUGGCUUAACAUGCAUAUGUAGUCAAGGUUUUACCGAGAACGGCCUUUCUUGUACCGACAUCAAUGAAUGUGUAACAGUAAACAACUGUCACUGGGAUGCUUUUUGCACGAACACUUAUGGGUCUUAUCGAUGCACAUGUAAUGGUGGAUUUACUGGAAACGGAACCUUCUGCCAAGACGUCGAUGAAUGUACUAAAUCAACACACAAUUGUCCCUCAGAGACAAACUGCACCAAUACUAAUGGAUCCUAUCAAUGCUGUAGAACAGAAAAUUCUGGAAAUACUUCUAUUUGCAGAGAUAAUUCAAUCAGGUUACAAGGCCCAUCCCGGUUACAAGGCAUUGGUCGUGUUGAAAUAUUCUAUUCAGGAAAAUGGGGAACAAUUUGUGGUAAUAAUUGGGACAUAAAUGAUGCCCGCGUUGCCUGUCGUCAACUUGGUUAUCUGAAUGCCCGUAGAGCUCUACGAAGAUGGCAAGUUCCUUCUGGUUCAGGACAGAUUUGGUUGGACGAAGUUGGUUGUACUGGAAAUGAACAAAAUUUAGAAAGUUGUCCUCUCCACAAUGGGGGAUGGGGAAGUCGUAAUUGUAGUCAUGUUGAAGAUGCUGGAGUGGAUUGUACUUCACAAGACAUCGAUGAAUGUUCAACAGUAAACUGUCAUUCCGAUGCUUUUUGCACGACCACUCACGGAUCUUAUCGAUGCAAAUGUAAGGAUGGAUUUACUGGAAAUGGGACCUUCUGCCAAGACGAAGAUGAAUGUUCACAUUCAAAAUACAACUGUCCUUUAAAGACAAACUGCACCAAUACUAAAGGAUCCUAUUUAUGCUGUGAAACACAAAGUUCUGGAAUUGGUUCUAUUUGCAAAGAUGCCACUCUCAGGCUACAAGGACCGAAUAGGUUGCGUGGUAUUGGUCGUGUGGAGAUACUAUAUUCAGGAAAAUGGGGAACAAUUUGUCAUAAUAAUUGGGACAUAAAUGAUGCCCGCGUUGCAUGUCGUCAACUUGGUUAUCGCAAUGCUCGUAGAGCUCUUCGAGGAUGGCAGGUUCCUUCUGGUUCGGGACAGAUUUGGUUGGACAACGUUCGCUGUACUGGAAAUGAACAAAAUUUGGAAAGUUGCCCUCGCCUCAAUUGGGGACGGACAAAUUAUUACUGUAGAUAUUAUAAAGACGCUGGAGUGGAAUGUACUUCACAAGAUGUGGAUUAUUGCUCCUUGGGAUUGCACGAUUGUAGGGGUAGCUCUCAAUGUAUCAACACUGACAGUGGUUUCACAUGCAGAUGUAAUCAAGGUUUUACGGGCGCCUCUUGCUCUGAUAUCAAUGAAUGCUUGUCGCCUGACAGCUGUCAUCCAAACGCUACUUGCGUCAAUAAUUACGGAUCUUACCAAUGCGCAUGCAAUGGUGGAUAUACUGGGAAUGGAACCAUUUGCCAAGACAUCAAUGAAUGCUCUCAGUCUACUGCCAGGUGUCCUUCAGUCUCCGAAUAUUGCUCCAACAUUCCAGGAUCUUUUCUAUGCUGUAUUGGCGAACCUGGUGGAAACGAAUCGACUUGCAAAGAACCGUCUAUAAAGUUAGAAGGACCAUUAAUUAUUUCAAACAACACUGGCCGUGUUGAAAUAUUCCACGAUGGGCAAUGGGGAAGAAUCUGUAGCGAUAAUUGGGAUAUACGUGAUGCUCAAGUGGCAUGUCGUCAACUUGGUUUUCCUGGUGCUAUUCGAGCAUUGUCCCUUGAUGAAGUACCCCGUGGCUACGGAAAAACAUGGUUAGACCAGCUUGAUUGUACUGGUCGUGAGACUAAUUUAUCUAGUUGUCCUGGUAUUGACUGGGGAUAUCAUAACUGCUACAAUUAUCAUGAAGAUGCAGGGGUAGAAUGUGCUGUAAGAGGUGUUGAUUAUUGUUCCACCGGAUUACACAGCUGUGAUAGAAAUGCUCAAUGUAUUACAGCUAUUGGAGGUGGCUUCUCGUGCAAAUGUAAUCAAGGUUAUACGGACACCGUCUAUUUUUGCGCUGACAUCAAUGAAUGUUCAUCUGCAAACAUCUGUGAUUCAAACGCUCUUUGCAUCAACACCGCAGGAUCCUACCAAUGCACAUGUAAAACUGGAUUUAUUGGAAAUGGAACAGUUUGCGAAGAUUAUGAUGAGUGCUCUCAUACCGCGCACCGCUGUCGUGCAAACACAACUUGCAGAAACAUUGCUGGCUCGUAUGAAUGUUGUUUAAGACAAUCUGAUGGAAGUAAUGUGACUUGCCAAGAAAUGACUGUCAGAUUAAAAGGACCGUUAAGAUUCAAUGGUUCUGGCCGUGUGGAACUGCGUCGUAACGGAGAAUGGGGAACAAUCUGUGGUUUUCGUUGGAAUAUAAAUAAUGCUCGAGUAGUUUGUCGUCAACUUGGUUAUCGGAAUGCUCUCAGAGUUCUUCCAGGAUCGCAAGUUCCUGAUGGUUCCGGACGGAUUUGGUCAGACGAAGUUCGUUGCGUUGGAAACGAAAAAAAUCUGGAAGGUUGUCCACGUCGCUAUCCGGGAUGGUAUAGCCGUUACUGCAAUCAUUUUCACGAUGUUGGGGUGCAAUGUUCUUACGAAGAUGUUGAUUAUUGCUCAUUGGGACUGCACAACUGUAAUUCUCGUGCUCAAUGCAUUAACGAAACUAAUGGUUUUUCAUGCAGAUGUAAUCCAGGCUAUACAGGCAACGGUGUUUCUUGCAAUGAUUUUAAUGAAUGUUUAUUUCCAAACUACUGUGAUUCAAACGCUCUUUGCACCAACUCUCCUGGAUCUUACCAAUGCACAUGUAAAAGUGGAUUUAUUCUUAAUGAUAAAAAUGGAACUGUUUGCCAAGAUGUCGAUGAGUGCUCUGAUGGAAUUUAUAACUGCCCUCCAAAUGCAAGUUGUACUAAUACAGAUGGAACUUUUCUUUGUUGUGAAGGUUCGGUUUGUAAAGAGCCACGGAUCAGGUUACAAGGUCCGUUAAUUUUAAAUGGCACUGGUCGUGUGGAAGUAUUGCAUGCUGGACAAUGGGGAACAAUCUGUGAUAAUGAUUGGGGUAUAAGAGAUGCUCGAGUGGCAUGUCGCCAACUUGGUUAUCCGGGUGCUCUUCGGGCUCUUAGCCUUCGGGCUCUUCGCAAUUUCAAAGACCAAUUUGCACCUGGUUCCCAAAAAGUAUGGCUAGACUGGGUUGAAUGCGUCGGGAAUGAGCAAGAACUGUCCAGGUGUUCUUCUACAGGGUGGGGACGACAUGAAUGCUAUUAUAAAGAUGCUGGAGUAGUGUGUUCCUUUGAAGAUGUCGAUUAUUGCUCCUUGCGAUUGCACGACUGUUGGGGAAACUCUCGAUGUAUUGCCGACCCUGACAAUGGUUUUACAUGCAGAUGUGAACCAGGUUUUACCGGGAACGGCGUUUUUUGUCGUGAUAUCAAUGAAUGUCUAUCAUUUAACUGUUCUUCGGAAGGUUUUUGCACCAAUACCCCCGGAUCCUAUCGAUGUACAUGCAAUAAUGGAUACACAGGAAAUGGAAUUGUUUGUGACGAUAUCGAUGAAUGUUAUGGAAAUAUUAAUAUCUGUCCUCCAAGUUCAAACUGCCAAAACACCGUUGGAUCUUUCCAAUGCUGUUCUAAUCAAAGUGGGAUUUGCCGACCAGGGAAAGUUAUCAGGUUACAAGGACCAUUUAGUUCAAAUGGUACUGGUCGUGUGGAAGUAUUUCAUAAUGGACAAUGGGGAACGGUUUGUGAUAUCAUGUGGGGUAUACGUGAAGCUCGUGUUGCAUGUCGUCAACUUGGUUACAUCAAUGCUCUCAGAGCUCUUCACGGUGGCCAAGUUUUACGUGGGACUGGACGGAUAUGGUUAGACAAUGUUAACUGCGCUGGAUUUGAGGAAAGUCUGCCCAGUUGUUUUCAUUACGGAUGGGGGAACCAUUUCUGCAGCCAUGGUAAAGAAGCUGGAGUUAUAUGUUUAUUAAGAGGUGUUGAUUACUGCUCUCCAGGAUUGAAUAAUUGUCACAAACACGCUCGUUGUAAUAGAUUGAAAACUGCUGACAGGUUUUCAUGCUCAUGUAAGCCAGGCUUUCGCGGAAACGGGAUUGAUUGCUUUGAUAUCAAUGAAUGUCCAUCCAUUACCUGUGGUUCAAAUUCUCGAUGCGUAAAUUCUUUUGGAUCUUUUCAUUGCACAUGCAAUAGUGGAUACACUAGAAAUGGGGCUGUUUGCCAAGAUAUAGAUGAAUGUUCCCUUUCAACUCACAACUGUCUUCCCUACUUGAACUGCACCAACACUGAUGGAUCUUAUCUCUGUACUUGUGACGAUCAACAAUCUGGAAAUGGCCAAAACUGCAAAGGUUAUUCCAAAAGCGUAAGACUACAAGGACCGUCCAGUUUAAAUGGUCUUGGACGUGUUGAAGUACUCCAUAAUGGAACCUGGGGAACAAUUUGUGACGAUGGUUGGGAUAUAAAGGAUGCCAAGGUUGUAUGCCGUGAGCUUGGCUAUCUCAAUUCUCUCAGAGCUAUUCCAGGGAGUGAAACUAUUUCUGGUUCUGGACCAAUAUGGUUAGACGGAGUUGAAUGUAAUGGCCGGGAAAAAAAUCUGUCCAGUUGUUCUCUUCCAAACUGGGGAGUAAAUGACUGCACUCACAGUAACGAUGCUGGAGUCGAAUGUACUUUGGAAGAUAUCGAUGAAUGCGCCUUAGAAAGUCACACGUGUGGCAGGAAUUCACGAUGUGAAAGAAGAGUUUGGGGUCAUUUAUGUUUAUGUAAUCCAGGUUAUACAAGAGAACAUGGAAUUGUACUGAUAUCGACGAGUGCUCAACUCUUAACAACAACUGUGAUUUGAAAGCUUUCUGCAUUAACACAAUGGGUUCUUUUUGGUGCACGUGUAAUGUGGGAUACACUGGAAAUGGAAUAUUGUGUGAA